AUGCGGUUUCAUUUGCAUCAAAAGGGCCCCCUGCAAGGUCUCGCAGAGUCCCAGUGCCCGCGGCCUGCUGCCAGCGGCGUCAACACCACCAAGCCUUCAAAUACAGCCAGGACCGCCAAAGUCUCCAAACCCCCCAGGGAUGGCAAGGGCUCCAAAAGCGCAAGGGCAAGGCAGCAGCCAGACGAUGCUCGCCCCCCAAGGCAUCGGGCACACCAGACAUUCCCCCUGUCCAACGUGCGUGGGUGCCCACAGACAGACGCCGCGACUAUCGCGCCGCCGCCUCGACAGGAUCCUCCUGCAACACCUCCCGGGGCGAGGCGGAACCACGUUGCCAGCAGACUCAAGCGUCUCCGCAUGGCCCCCGAUUAUCUUUUGAAAUUUCCCCGGGUCAAUCAUCGCUAUCUGAGCUCCCGGGGUCAGAUCCUGUUUGACAAUCGCUACGAGCCGCGUCCCCAGACAAAAGGGCCGCCUUUGAAGCGCACGCUCUCCGCCGCCCAAGCAGGGGGCAUAGGCACCCAACACUUCGAAGCAGGCGACACGAGAAAGGCUUGCCCAGAGUCUCAAGAGGAUGCCUUUCACAGCAAACCCAUGAUCAAUCUUCCCGUGCCCGAUCACAUCCAGGCCAUGCUUGUCGACGACUGGGAGAACAUUACAAAGAACAACCAGCUUGUGCCGCUCCCGCACCCGAAGCCUGUCACCAAAAUCCUCGAGGACUACCUCUCAUUUGAGCGGCCCCAUCGCGAGGCGGCAUCUGCUAGCAUGGAUAUAUUGGAGGAAGUCGUUGCUGGCUUCCGGGAAUAUUUCGAAAAGGCACUCAGCAGAAUACUACUAUAUCGCUUCGAGCGCCACCAGUACAUUGAGCUACGUAAACUGUGGGACAAUGUAGAAUCCCCCGAGUACAAGAGCGUCUGCGACGUCUACGGCGCCGAGCACCUCGCCCGUCUAAUCGUUUCCCUCCCCGAACUUUUAGCCCAGACAAACAUGGACCAACAGUCCGUCUCCCGUCUGAGAGAGGAAAUCGGCAAGUUUACAGUUUGGCUGGGCCGGCACUGCGAGACAUACUUUGUGAGCGAGUACGAGACCCCUUCGCAGGAGUACGUAGACAAAGCGAGAAGCUUUUAA